ACUGAGUGACUGACUGUCGUUCGGUGGUUUAUAGUGGUUCAGUGUUCAGUCUACUGCGUGCGCUACGCUGAGUAGGGGUAGGACUGACUCCGCAGCAGCUGUAGCCCACCUCUUGGUGGCCUUCACACUUCACCCCUGCCUUUAUUCACACUUUUCCGCGAGAUAAAUACUGUGAAAUGCAGCUCCAAAGAAGUACUCUAGUUGCAGCCGCACUGGUGUUGAGUCUUGCCGUUUCCGUGGAGAGUGCUGUUGGUAGAACUGUAACGAAUGAAGACAUCAGGGAUGCGAUCCUUUCGUUCCUGCACAUGUUCCGAGACGUGGGCAAUAAGCUGGAGCGACACGAGUUGAGAGAGAAACAGCUCGGAGAAGAACUCAAGACAAUUCUGGCACUAGCUGAUAAGAGAGGACGCUCACAAGACAGCACACUUGAAAUAAUCGUGCAAACUCUAAACAGGAUGGACAAGAGAUUGCAGAAGAUUGAGAGCAGCAUCAGCAAUGACAACGCAAAAGAGAAAGGUUUAUACACAGUUGAUACUAUGAAUGAUUCCAUACAAACUUGGAUGUCGAAUAUGGAGGCACUGUGGCGAAAUCAGUCAAACGCUAACGAUCAAGGCAGAAUGGAAGCUGUCAACACUUCACUCAACAACAUAAUGAGCCAAAUGGAGGUGAUCCUCGCCCGCUUGGAGAUGUUUAUUCAGAGGCCACAACCAACUGUAACAGAUGUCGUUAAUUACGAGGGAGUUAUUAGUAGGUUCGAAGAUAAAUUAUCUCAGUUGAGGAGUAAUAACCAAAAUGACUUGGCAUCCUCACUGCAAUCCAGUUUGAAUAAACAGGAAAGAAUGAUCAACGACUUGAAGGAUUCUAUCAAUUCGAUAAAUCGAAACUCCGAAUCGCUACCGACUAAACAGGAAUUGCAGGAGUUUUUGAAUAGUUCGAGGGAGGAAAAUCAAGAGCUGAAGUACGAGUUGAUCAGUGCAAACGAGAAAGAAGUUGCCAAGUUGGAAAUGAAACUGGAUGUUUUGAAGGGGGAUGUUGUCAAGAACCAGGACAACAUUUACAAGACGCUGAACGACGCCGGGGAGCUGGCUGAGGGAUUCUACGCGGACGUGCAGAAAAGUUACGAGCAGCUGCAGAAUGAGGUGAAGGCGCUCAACAAGGUGGAGCAAGUGCUCAUACAGACGGCUGACAAUGUUUUGGACACUAAGAGGAGGAUCGAGUAUGGAGUUCAUCAGAUUCUGUUGGAGGUGGGAGAUCUGGUGAAAAUCCAGGCGAAGGAUUUGAACGAGACGGUGAAUAAAAGGUUCGACGACAUCUCGGACACAAUUGUGGUGAACCAUAAUGGCGGCUUCAACAAUCUGAGCACGAAGAUCGAGACAGAGAUCAGCCAGGUGUGGAGGCAGAUCGGAAUCAUGUACCAGCAGCUGACGGCAUCGGCCGGGGCUCUGGACCGGCUGCAGCAGCAGACAGAGUUGUACGUGAACGGCAGUCUGCAGACGAUGGACAGCAUGGAGGGCAAGGUCGGGCAGAUCACGGGCCGCAUGACCGAGGUCGACGACAACCUCAACUACCUGCUGGGCCGACUGUCGCUGGUCACGCACGAGUUCAACCAGAUCAAAUCAGGCUUGGGUGCGGCGCUCGACAACAUUCGCAGCAGCUUCAUGGAGGUGCAAAGCCGUGUCAAGGAUGUCGGCCCCGGGCCAAACCCCAUCGAGUCUUCUGACACCGAUUUCGACCCCGCCCGGACUGAGCUCGACAACAAACUCUAAUCCCACAUCACAACUUACUAUAGUAAACUGCACGAGAAUAGUCCGAUGGAAAUUGGAACUGCUUAAUACCUUCUCAUCCCCCCCGCACACAUAGACGUUGCCAAUUCGUCAGGUGUAUUAUAAAAAUGUCAAUAAAUUAUAAUUUUUAAUAAGCUGUGAACAAUGUUGGUCAACUCUUAUUUUGCAACGUUGCACUCAAAUGUUCCAAUUUCCAUCGGACUAAUUUCGUGCGUUGUGAUGGUUACAGUCAAUGUGUCCAUUUUUCAAGACACAGUUUUCCUCCCCUCAAAUAAGAUUUUCUCUGGUCUGUCCAAUUUGUGAGUCAGAAUAAAAAUUUGAAAAGUAAUUGAUAGUUCAAAACUGUAGAGAUUAAUGGUAUCCAGAGCAAUUAAACACUGAUUAACAGUAGUAAGAUACAGAAAUACUGUCUGUAAGUUACAGAACUAUUAUGAUAAUAACUAUGUUUCGUUUAAAAGACAAGCUACAAUAUUGAUAGAGAUGCAUCAUUUUGAACAAGUGUUUGAACUUGAUGACUCUUUAAUAAUAUUACUAGUUUGAAAGAGAUCGAGAAUUGAACGCUAAUAUUUCCAACAGUAGGAUAAUUACAAAUUUUCAGAUGAAAAAAUUUCAAAAAAAAGUUUGGGAAUGAUUUAUAGUUCAUUCAAAACUGUACUUACCGGUAUGUAGUAUUUCAAUUUCUACUACUACUGGCUUUAGCUGAAGUAGACUAAAGCUUAACUUUAUUGAAUAUCGAGCCAACUAUGAUGAAUAACAUUCAACUAGAAAAUAUACUUGAAUUUGUCGAGAAUGUUGUAAAAUUUAUUCAAUUCAGUUUUUGAAGUUCUAUCUAUAGUUUUAUUUAUUGAAAUAAAAAUAAGGGAUUAAGAACAGAAAGAUGAUAAUUAACAAUAAUUUAGAAUAAAAUAUUAUAGUUUAAUGUUAGUAUUUCCUUUGAAUGUUCCAAGUUUUAAUGUAGUUACUGAGUAGCAAUACCUAUGUUUUAUAAGAGCCUACACGAAUAAAUAAUACUGCUUAAUUUUUAUAUCA